AUGCUUAUUGAAGAAGUAGGAAAACAAUGGCAAUCAUUACAAAAAGUCAGAGAUGAUAGAAUUAUUAACAAUAUUCAAACUUUUAAUGUUGCAAGUUUAGCUUUAAAAGAAUGUACAAAGGCAUCUAUUCAACAAAAAUAG